CACACUGACCCUCUGGCCCAACAGAUUACGCGAUUUAUAUUUUUUAUUUAACUUUAACUGUAACUGGCCGUGGCACCCACAAAUCCAAUAGUCAGUCAUGCACAAGGUGAUAAGGCAAAUGUCGCAGCUGCGGCUGCAAGCGGUGCCUAGCUCAACGUUACUCAAGACGACUGCUUCCUCCAUACCACCUGCCACUCACCACAGCCUGCACACGGCCGCCGGAGCUGGUGGAGCAUUGUGUGCCAAUUGGAACAAACACAAUUUUGGGCCACGCAAAUGGCUGGUGUAUAACAAGACAGUGCAUCCACCCCAGCAGCCGGAGGAAGAGCCACGCAAGGCGUACGUGUGUCACAUGCGCAACAAUAUCAAAUAUAGCCCGGACAAGAUGUGGUACAUAGCGGCAUUUGUGCGCGGCAUGUCCGUCGACGAGGCCCUCAAGCAGCUGAACUUUGUGCUCAAGAAAGGAGCCACCGAUGUGAAGGAGACCAUACUGGAGGCCCAAGAGAUGGCCGUGCAGCGACACAAUGUGGAGUACAAAAGCAAUCUGUGGAUAGCCGAAUCUUUUGUGGGCAAGGGACGUGUAUUCAAGGGAAUGCGACGACAUGCGCGCGGUCGCUUUGGCCAGGUGGAGUACAAGCAUUGCCACUACUUUGUGAGGCUGGAGGAGGGACAGCCGCCACAGCACUACUACCAAGAGCCACAAACACCCGAACAGCAGUAUGAGCAUUGGCUGGAACAGAUGCGCAGCCGAAAGGUUAUCAAUUCCCUGUAAUGUAAUGUACAACACGCGCCCCCCCCCCCACUUUCGACUUCUUCCUCAAUAGCAUUUUUU